CAGUACAGUAGGAGGCGCUGCAGCUCUUUAGUCCGCCGAUAAGCCAAGAAAAAGAUCUCGAGUCGCGUGUGAUGUGUUUGUGUAUGUUUGUCUGGUAAAUCUUGUCUCUGUGUAUGUUAGUGUUGAGAUGUUGAUGAUGAGAGAUGAGAUGGAUAUGAUGUGCUGUAAAUCAGUAGGAACUGAUCUAUCCAUGCUGGAUAUUGAUGAUUUCAUCACAGAAAUCUCUCAGCUAAAGAAAGAGGUUGCGUUACUGGAGGCAAAGCUGAGGUUAAGAGGAGAUGAACGAGUGAAGAGAGAGGAUGUGGAUUGUUUUGAAUCUUCAGUGUAUGUGACUGAUGUUGUGAGUCUGGAUUCAGUGUGGAUGAGCAGAGAUCAGAGCCGCACACCGCAGCCACUGCUGGACUCUCAACUCUCUGAAGAGAAAUCCAGACACACACAGGACUCAAAGCUCAGUCUGACUUUACUCUGUUAUACUGAGUCAAAGCCCACAGACACUCAGGACACUACAGUUUGUGACAGUAAUGAGGGUUUACAGGAUGAGGACUCCACUGCUCAAACCUCCACAGAGUCUCUGGAUUCAGUCUGUAACGCUGGAGAAGAGCAGCAGAUCAUGCAGAGCACACCGAAGAUGUGUUCAAUCAAACUCAUCGACUGCAGGAAACUGAUGAAGAUAAAAACUGAAACAACAGUAGAGGAAGAUCGUACGGAUGAUGAUGAUGACGAUGAGAACAGGGAUUCAAGUUUUACUACCUUACCAGAGGAGAAACUUCAUUCAGAGGAGCACAGCAAGAAGAAGAAGACGACGAAGAAGAAAGCGUUUCACUGUGAGCUGUGCGAUAAAGUUUAUUUCUGCACUAGUCUGAAACCUCACAUGAAGACACACAGUAAUGAAAAGCCUUUCUACUGCACUGAAUGUGGCAAAUAUUUCCGCACCAAACAAAAUCUUGAUGCUCAUAACAAAAUUCACACAGGAGAAAAACCAUACGAGUGUCCUCACUGCCAAAAGAGAUUUAACCACAAACCCCAUCUGAAGAAACACGUGCGUUCACACACCGACGAGAGACCGUAUCCGUGCGGUGAAUGUGAAAGAAGCUUUAGGGUUUUAACCAGCUUAAAAACACACCAGAGAACACACUCCGGCAAGAAACUCUUUCAAUGUUCAUACUGCAAUAAACGCUUCGCUCUUAAAGCUCAUGUGACCGUCCACGAGAGAAUUCACACCGGAGAGAAACCUUACGUCUGCCCUCACUGUGGAAAGAGCUUCGCUGAUCCAUCUCAUUUCAGAGUUCAUCUGAGAGUUCACACUGGAGAGAAACCUUAUCGCUGUAAUGUGUGUGGGAUGAGAUUUAGGCAACGUGAUCAUAUCGUGAAUCACCAGAGAACUCAUACGGGUGAAAGACUUUACAAAUGUUCUCAGUGUGAUAAGACGUUUGCUCGAUCGGACAUCCUGAAGACCCACGAGAGAGUUCAUACUGGAGAGAAACCUUACACCUGCUCGGUCUGUGGAGAGAGAUUCGCUUAUUUAAAAAGUUUAAACGGUCAUAAGAAGAAACACUAAAGAGAAAAAACUGAUCUGAAAUCAUCAUAGCUAUCUGUUUAUUCAGAAAGAAUUUAGUGAACUUUCAUGCUGAUUGGAAGCCAAAAACAUUGUGUGUAAUGUUGUGAAUGUAGUUGUAGAAGUAGUGAUGGGAGAAACUAAGCUUUACAAAAUGAUUCACUGUUCGACGUACUCAAAACACCUAAAUAUUGGUCCACCUACUGGUGAAAACGUUAAAAGCAACAAGAUUUCUGUCCAAACCGGGUGUGUCUCAUACGUUCUGAAAAGUGAAGCCGCUGGCUUUUUGAUCGCCCCCUGGUGGCUAGCUGCAGCAAGUCAACGAAUAAAAAAUAAAUUAGACUUUCUAAUAUCAUUUUCCGAAAAAAGUUUUAGGUCCUUUAGGGUGAUUCUCACGAAAUCCAGACUUAGAAGGUGUCCAGCAUCAGAUUUUUUUUUAAAAAAGCCCUUGAAGCCAAUUUUUUUGUUGAACAUAUAAGAUUAAGGUCUGAACUUACUAUAACCAUUAUUUUUAGAGGAUUUAAAAAAUAUUUCCUAUAGAAUUAUUUACAUUUUUUUAGAUUAUCAUUAUCAAAAAUUAUCAUUACCGCAACAUGAUAUUACAUUAAAUAUAUGCAUUAACAAACUCAUGUUUCGGUAAUGAGAACUAAAAAGUUGUCUAGGUACUAUGACAAACAAAAUUUCAACUUUUAUCUGGAGAGAAAAAAUAAGAACUGCUUACCUGGUAGCCAUCUUGAGUGUCACAGUCAAUUAUGUCAUUUCCAACAAUUUUUUUUUUUUUUUUGAAAAUAUUAGUUCAUUGAGGGCUUAAAAAAAGAUUGAAAAUUGUUGCGGAGGAUGAAAAAAUUGGUCUUGGACACAUUUAUAUUCUUUAUUAUUGUCUCUACAUUUACCAAUGAUCACCAAAUACCACAUGUUUCUUUACUGUAAAUGUUUAUAGUAUAACAUGCACUGAAGCUUUUUAUUUUUUAGAUUUUUUAAUUAUAAAUAUUUCCAUGUCAAAGAACCCAAAUCCAGUCAUGGGCACGUUGCAGUAAUGAAAAUUUUCCCCUUAAAUGUGGAAAAAAAACAACAAAAUUGGUUUGUAUGAUGUCAUUUGAAAUCAUGUGUAAAAUAGCACAUGAAGAGAUGUUUGAAACUGUAUGCUUCUUAUUUUGAUACUCUUACUUUGCAUUUACUUUUUUAAUCAAAAUGUUUCAUGACACCUCAUUAGUCUAAAUUCGCAAGAAUCACCCUUUAAGCUAGUUGUUAUCACGCUUAUAUAUGUUCAAUUGUUUUUUUUUUGUGAUAAGUUUAAAUUUAGCUAGUAAUUUGAUGCUAUAGAAACGGGGCGUGUCGUUAUUAUUGACAUAAUUGAUUGACAGCUUCUCUAAGCGGACUAUUGGAGCUUCGAGGAAAGAUUUAAGAUAUAGCUAACUAUUAUGCUGCGUUCCAGGCAACCUGUAACCCGUAACUCACGACUUCAAAACCACGACUCACGACUUUGAACUGGGAGUACAUCGAUCUAGUACGAGUUCACGGGUGGGAAGUCACGGGUUUGACUGCCGUUCCAGAGCACUUUCACCGGUAGAAGGUUGUAAAAACACGAGUUACAGGCUGCCUGGAACGCAUAGGGUCGUGAGUCGUGGUUUUGAAGUCGUAACUCACGGGUUUAAAAACCUGCCUGGAACGCACCAUCAGUUUUCGAUUUCUGUGUUAUUUCACACUGACAAAAUAAGUUGUUCAGCAGUAAACUUUACUUACUGACCUACAGGAUCUGAUGGAUACGGAUCACUGAGUUUUUUCCAGUUAUGUGUGGGCUUUAAAUGCUAUAAACACGUCUAACGUAGUUAAACAGACUGCAUGAACUAAAGAUCGUUCAUUUUGCUGUCCAACACAUUGUAAUAGAUAAGUUGUUCGUUUUAAUUUGAAAAAUAUCCACUGUUUUUAAUAUAUAGUGUAUUAUUGUGUCUUUAAAUUUAAGUUGUUAGUGGUAUUUGUAUUUAGCUUACAUUUUUUUAGCCAGCCAGUCAAAUAAGACGUUCAAGGGGCGUGCUUGAAUUGGGCGUGCAAGCGUUUGAGGAGGAGGUUUGAUAUUGCUGCUCCGCAUCCGGCCUCCGUGCAACAUUAUCUGUCUGCACAAGCGGAGGCUGCAGUUUCAGGACCGCAGUUUUAGGACCCUCGUUUUUUUUAACAGCGCCAUCUAGCGAAAAUGUAGCCUCUGGUGGUGCAGGCAGAUGUUACUUGAAAAAAGUGCCACAAAUGCAUAUUUUCACCCAAAUUAAACUACUUUGAAUGUUUUAGAUGUUUUUAAAGGUUUAUUACACCCAAAUACUGCUUUCUUUAUUUAAAUUAAAUCUGAUUUUUAGGAAUGUUAAGUAAUUAUUGGCUCUACGUUGCAUUAUUUAAUAACUCAUCGAGUAAAAUAAACAAGGAAUCGUGUACUUUCGCCUUUUUAGUCAAUCACAUAUUCAAGAACAGAGGGAAUACACAAGGAUGACUCUGGGGUAGAUUUAAAAUUUUUGUAUUUAUAAAAUUAUAUAUUGCAACAGUUGAAUUUUAACACACACAAAAAAAAUAGUGUAACACUUUACAAUAAGGUUCAUUAGUUAACAUUAGUUAAUGUAUUAACUAACAUGAACAAACCAUAAGCAAAACAUUUGUUACAGUAUUUAUUAACCUUAAUCUUUAAUUAAGCUAAAUAAAGCGUUUAAUUGUUUUUUCAUGUUAGUUCACAAUUCAUUAACCAACUAUCAACUAUUACUAAUUGUUGAAAUUAACAUUAACAAAUAUUAAUAAAUGCUGUAUAAGUGCAGUUUAUUAUUAGUCCAUGCAAUUAAUGUAGUUAACUAAUGUUAACUAAUUAACCUUAUUGUAAAGUUUUACCCAAAUUUGUUAAUGAUGUGAACAACAUAAGAACUGCAUGGACAACGUCUUCACUGACUCCUAAGUGAGAGAAAGAUAAAGAAAUGAAUGAAACCAGGAACAUUUAGUUGAACAUGUUCAACAACUCUUUAAUUUUUGAUUUCAAACUUUAAAGAUUUUAGUCACCACAGAGCACACACAUUAUAUACGGUACAAAAUUAUAUCAAUCUUCAUACCAAGUAAUGUUCAUAUUAGUAUUGCAUAGUGCAGGGCCGGCCCUGGGCAUAGGCGGAAUAGGCAAAUGCUAAGGGCGCUGCCGACCCCUUGGGGCGUCCGUGCGCCCAAAUUAUUUUUUUUUUAAUAUAUGUAUAUAAACAUUUAACUAUAAAUAUUUAAUUUUGCACAAGAAAA